AGCCCAGAGCCCGCGGCGGGCGCGGCGCCGAACCUGGACCUGGGCGAGCUGCGCUCCCUUGCCUGUGACGCCCUCCUGCAGGAGAGUUUCUACCAGCAUAAGAAGCGGCCGUUUCUCUACCGUGAUCACGAUCACACUCCCGGCCCGUUCCUUACACAGCUCGUUUCCAGCCUCUCCAGUUCCCUCUGCGGUCGCAACCCGCUGUUGACGGCUUCCUCCCCCGAUAUAAAACCUGAAGUUAACUAUUACUGGCAUCAUGGUGAGGAGGUGGUUGUUCACGGAUAUCGAAAAGGCAGAGUUGAUCCUGUGCGAUUUCAGAUAGAUGAUAAACCACACCUCCAGAUCCGCAUACCAAAGCAACUUCCAGAGAUUGUACCACUGGAGUCAGAUCUUGGAGAUGUUCCUGUUAUUAAUCACAAACCAUCCAAACUGCCGUUGUUCAAAAAGCAGUAUGAAAACAAGGUUUUCAUAGGAUCAAAGGUGGCAGAUCGAUGCUGUUAUGGACACACCCAGUUUCAUCUUAUUCCUGAUAAAUUGAAACGGGAGAGGUUUGUAAGAGCACGUCUUGAGGAUCAGAUUGAAGUUGUUUAUCGAGCUAAUGGUAUUGCAAGUCUCUUUGCUUGGACAGCAGCACAAGCAAUGUAUCAAGGAUUCUGGAGUGAAGCAGAUGUGACCCGUCCGUUUGUAUCCCAAGCAGUAGUGACUGAUGGCAAAUACUUUGCUUUCUUUUGUUACCAGUUAAAUACUUUAGCACUAAGUGUAGAAACUAUUCAGAACAACCCUCGGAAGAAUAUCUGCUGGGGUACAGACAGUAAGCCAUUGUACGAUGUUGUGGAAGAUGGUAAUGUGAAAGGCUUUAAUGAUGAAGUUCUGCUUCACUUGGUUCGUUUUCUGUUAAACAGACCAAAAGAGGUGUAAAUCAUGAACAAUAAAAUAUUUCUGUUUAUGUGCCUGAACUUCAUUGUAACGCCAUGAAGUAUGGGCUAGAAUAUACCUUGUUUGUGGUCAACUAUUUGUCUAGCAAAAACUAUAUACAAUUUUUAUGAUAUCUGGGUUUUAUUUUAA